AUGCUAGUUAUAAUCUAUUCAGUUUUAGUUUCUCGUUUACUUGCUCGUUCAUCGGCUCGAAUGACAUCCGUCAAACCAUCAGCGUCCGAUGAAAACGUGUCUUUUGCUUCAAUAGUACGAAAAUCAACAUCAUCUGGCAGUACUAUGUCAGAUAUUGGCGUCGCUGGUACCGCUCCAUCUCUUGCUCAAAGUCUUGUUGAACCACGUUCAUCGAUGGUCCAGAAGCCAAAGAGUUGUUGUGGCGCCUAUAUUCAUUUCAUACUACAUUCACUAUGCCUAUUAUGCAAAUGUCGGUUAUCACCAUCAACUGAUGAUCAUCAUGAAGUACUUUGA